CGCCAUUGUUGUUGUUGUUGGCUGGCCUCUGUCGCCUUGCCGCCUCGCACUCUUCUAUUUCUCCUAAACUACUACAAUCUGGAUCUCCUCGGCUACUGCAAAAUGGGCGCCAAUGCCUCCCAGCUGGAGAAGGAGAUCGGAGCAGACCAGUUCCCUCCCAAUGAACAUUAUAUUGGGCUUGUUAAUUUUGGCAACACGUGCUACAUCAACUCGGUGCUGCAGGCGCUGUAUUUCUGCAAGCCAUUUAGGGAGAAGAUCCUGGAGUACAAGGCCAAGAACAAGAGGACCAAGGAGACUCUCUUAGCCUGCCUUGCUGACCUCUUCUACAGUAUUGCCACUCAGAAGAAGAAAGUCGGAAGCAUCGCGCCUAAAAAGUUCAUCGCCAGGUUUAGGAAAGAGAAUGUGAAAUUUGACAACUACAUGCAACAAGAUGCGCACGAGUUCUUUGUUCAGCUCAUCGACAGCAUCAAUGAGACAAUUAUGGGUGAGAAACGGUCAGGGAGGCAGCAGCGGCAGGGUGGGCGGUGGUGACGGGAGCAGCAGGCAGGGGGUGGGGGGCAGCAGGACAGUGGUGGUGGUGGCGGCAACACACAGCACCAGCAGCAGCAGCAGCAGCAGCAGGAGAACACUUGGGUCCAUGAGAUUUUUCAGGCGGUGGUGACGAGAGAGCUACGGUGCUUGAAUUGUGAAGCGGUGAGAAGCACAGACGAGGUGUUGAACAAUUUAUCAGUGGAGGUGCACCAGAACACCAGCAUCACUCACUGCCUGCGCUGCUUCUUCUCCACGGAAACCAUCAGCGCUGAGAACAAGGUGCUGUGUGAAAACUGCUGCUCUCUUCAAGAACACCAGAAAAGGACUCGCGUUAAGAAGCUUCCCACAAUUCUGGUGUUGCAUUUGAAAAGGUUCCAGUUCCUCGGCCAGUACAACAGAACACUCAAGCUCUCCCACCGUGUCGUCUUUCCCCUGGAGCUUAGAGUGUUUGAUACGAGUCUGGAUGCCGUGAACCCAGACCGCCUGUAUGACUUGGCGGCAGUGGUGGUGCAUUGCGGGACUGGAAUCAACAGGGGUCACUACAUUGCCAUCGUUAAGUCCCACCGGUUCUGGCUACUGUUUGACGAUGAUGCUGUUGAUAAAAUUGACCCGUCGUUAAUGGAGGAAUUCUACGGCCUGACUUCCGAGCUCCAAAAAUCUUCGGAAACUGGUUACAUUCUCUUCUACCAAGCCAGGGACCCUACUUAACUCACCCACCUACCACCACCACCACCACCUCCACCUCCACCUCCACCGCCACCACCACCGCAACCACUAACACCUCCACCGCCACCACUACUUCUACCACCACCACCGUCACCGCCACUACCACCACCACCGCCG